GUGGGAAAAUCCUCAUCCUCUUGCUUGUUGGUUGCUAGCCUGUUGUCUUUCCAGCUUCUUCACUGAUCUGGGUUGGUUUCUGCCAGGCCUUAACUGAUCCAUUGGUUCCACCCCAGACAGCGGCGUCACCUGCCACCUCAAGUCUCUCGCUCUGCCCCAAGAACUGUUUAUACUCCGUGCAGAGCAAUGUAAAGCAAAGAGGGAAACUGAGCACACCUACACCUAUUACCAAAAUUUCCUCUCCAAUAGUGCUGGGCCAAUUGAAUCAGCUGAGGACCAGGGACCGCUGAUUGCAAGGUAGCAGUCCUGCUUUACACCAGCUGGGGGUUUGGCCCCACAUUUCCUUGAUGGGGACGUGUAUUUAUCUGGGCGCUGACUGCAGAGGCCCCAUAAAGUUUCCUCACGGCAAGUGGGAUGUGCCAGCCCAGAGAAGUAACUUGCCAAGCUUUGAUGUGAGCAGUGACUCACCCGCCCCGCACUGCUGUCUGGCUGGGAAGUUCUCAGAGCCCCUGUUCAGCUUGUCACCUGGUUCCCUGCCCCUAGAUCCCAGUGUCUCUGGCCAGCAGCCCCCACCCUAGAGCCCCUCCUGGUCUGCCAGGGGCCACACCGAGCAGGACUGGGAGUCGGUUGCACCAGGAGUGAGUGUGAGCAUCUGUCAGCAGAGACACGGACCCUCCACCACCCACCAUGGAGCCCCAGGUGCCAGGACGGAUGCCCAGGGCUGGACUCCUGCUGCUGCCCCUUCUCCUUUGCUUCGGGGCAGAGACGGCUGGGAGCAUCAACCAGGCCGCGCUCAAAAAAAUCGUGGAUCAUGUGAACAAUAAUGGUGGAGUUAACAAGCAAUACGCCUUCGCCACUGCACUGCCCCAUGGCACCUGCAGCAACCCCCAGGAUGUGGCCUCCUAUCUGCCAAUGGCCCAGCUAGCAGCCAUGAGAAUGAAGAUUGGCCCGUUCGGUGCCCUGUACAACCCGUCCAACGGGAACAUCGUGGCAGCUCGGCCAAAGGCAGUGAUUACACCGCGUGGGAAUUACACGGAGCACAGCGAGUGGCGCCUGCUCUCCGGCCCAAACAGCCUUGUGGCCCAGCUCACGGCCAGGACCUACGGCCAGAACAGCUGCUUGAUCUUAUUUACCUUCAAUUCACCCUGCUCCACCAAGUGUCUGCACGAGGCCGGGCCCUUCAACAUUGUGAACAUGACCAGCGCUGCCUUCUUGGCCAUCAACAACAACUUCAAGGCCUUCGUGUUCCAGAAGAUCUUCGACUAUGACAUGAAGCCUAAAGUGACCCGCCAGGCCCUGCUGGAUGCCUGGCACCGGCUGCGUGAUGUGCCUCUGCUGCGCUGCGACAACAACGGCUGCCAGGACUGUGCUCCGGUGGACCCCCAAAACAACCCUUGCCUGGCUGGGAAGAGGUAGAUGAUGGAGCGGAGCCAGAAACCAUGUGCGACUCUUUGUGCCACUGGCCUCCCUCGCUGCCCAUGUGCUUCUGGAUUGCUGAGUGUAACAGAAACACGUCCCAACCGGGAAUCAGGCUGCAAUCCAGGACUCCACUCUGACGUGUGCUCCAAUCUAGAACCCUAAUCCACAGGGGUGCUCCAAUCUAGAACCCCAUUUCCCGGACAUGUGUUGAUCUAGAAUGUGAUUCCCCCUGUAUGUGCCAACCUAGAACCCCUGCCAGAGUGUAUUCCCAUCUAGAACUCCAUGCAUGGAUGUGCUAAAAUCUGCAAUCUAGAGCCCCAUUGCUGGGUGUACUCCAAUGCAGUAAUCCAUUCCCAUCUCUGGUUGUGCUCCAGCCUAGAACUCCAUCCCUGAGUGUGCUCCAAUCUGUGAUGUAGAAGCCCGUCCCUCUCCCCAAGUGUGCACCAGUCCAGAAUUGCCACCCCCACAGUAGGCCUCAAGCUCCGUUCUAAACCUUCAUCCCCCACAGUGCAUCAAGCUCCAGUCGAGAACAUGGCCCCCAUCCCUGGGUGGUCUUGGAGCUGCCGUCUAGAAUCCACAUUCACCCAGUGAACUCCAACUCCGAUCUAGAACCCAGCCUCCAUCCCUGCACAAGGCCGGAGAGGGGACCGUGGACGGGAGCAGGACUGACAACUGUAUUAUGGGCUGGAUCAGAGGAGAGAGCCCCUUACUCAGAUAUUGGUGGGUGGGAGGAUUCCUGGGUAUGGACCAUAGCCAAGGUAGGACAGUGGGGAUCUCGGAGCGCAGGGCUCCGUCAGUGGGGGCUACUUUGGGGUUGUUCCAUUCUGCGGGUGACACUUUUUGCUGAUUCUCUGACAUGCAAUUGCUGCCAAUAAAGCUUCUGAGCAU